CCUUAAGAUGUCCAUGAAAUUUAACACUAUUUUCAGAUUCAUACCACUACUCCACCUACACUGCCACCAACAACAACAACUCGAAUUCAUGUUACUACAAACAGGAUACAUGUACCCGAUCCUACUACAGAUCGCUCUCGAAUCGAAGUGCAUCGUCCACCGCUGACCACCACACCUCGUGCAGACAAAUCCAUCAUCUAUGAAAUCUCAUCCUAUGGUCCUACACGGGUUAUCCACACAAAUCGUCCACCACACACGAAGCCUCCAACCACAACUACGCCGCCGCCAGUUGAAAAGGAGGAUGUAACCAUUGUCACUGCCCUGAUGGAUAUUGGACGAGGUGAUUGGGAUAGAUAUCGUCGACCACUGGAACAAUAUCACCUGUUCAUGGAAAACUUACUUUCUCUACAAAAUAACAUGGUUAGGAGCUAG